AUGGAGUUCAAAAAGCAAAAUGCAACAAAUAGUCAUCCAAUGUUUACCCGAUUUAAGCAGAAUCAAUUUGAAGAAGAAAAUAGCCUAGCUAGUUUGACAAGAACCCCCAAUAUUCCAGUUUCUAUCAAUCCAAUGUCAGUAGAAACUUCUUACGAUCAUCUUUACCAAAAUACAGGGCCAAAUGGUGUAAAUAUCCAAAACUCUCAAGAAGCGCUUCCAAAAAUCAAAUUCCAAAGGCAAAUUUAUUCAGCUGCCACUAAAAGAGCUAAUCCUGCAUUUCAAAGAUGACUUGAACAUAAAUAUGGAAACGAUCUUUAUUAUUCAAGUCCAGCUCCGAAUAUUCCAGUAAAAAGGAAAAGAACACCUAACUUUCUUAUGAAAAAUUUAUACGAUCUAAUGGGACUUAAGCCAAAUUGUUCUGAAGCUGAUAUAAAAAAAGCAUAUAAAAAGCUUGCAAUCAAGCAUCAUCCUGAUAAGGGAGGCUGUGCUAAAUAUUUUCGAUGUUUAAAGCAAGCAUAUGAUAUUCUUUCUAAUGAAGAUCUUAAAGAAGUAUAUGAUAAUGAAGGAUUAAUAGGUGUAAAUAUGCUUGGACAAAUAGAAUGUGAUGAACUUUUGGAAUAUUUAAAAAACUCUGAUGCUGAUCCAAUUGCUGAUUUACAAAUUAAUGAUGCUAAUAAUGGAAACAAAUCUGAAUUAAAAUAA